UUGACCGAUUUCCGAAAGACUGUAGAGAGGCAUGUUGUGGAGCUCGAAACGGAAAAUAGGCUACUCAAAGAAAAGAACUCGGACCUUGUCAAGUACAAAGAGGAAAGCAAUGCACGAGUUGAGGAAAGUGAACGAAAUGUCAAGGAGCUCCAGGAGAAGACUGUAAGGGAGCUUCAAAGGGAAGUAAAACAGCUGUACGUUGAGCUAAGUGAAAAGACUGAUGCCCUUGACAUGGCGAACGCACGAUUAGCAGAGCUUGAGUCGAGCAGUUCUAAAGACGAGGAAGAAAUUGCAAAUAAACAGACGCGGCAAACUGUUGAUGCUUCGCCAAACUACGAGUACGAAGAAGAGAUGGAGUCCAUGCGAAAAAGGUUGAAGGACUCGCACAAAGAGGUAGACAAUCUAAGAGAAGCGAACGCACGGCUAGAACGAUUAAUGGAGCAACAAAAAAAGACUAACGCUAACUCUCCAGCAAUAAUUCAUGUUAAUGGUGGUGACUGCGUUGGAUUUGCUGAUCCUGCAGAAGCUGAGUAUCUCAAGAAUGUCCUCUAUCGAUAUAUGUAUUCAAGGGAAAAUCUUGGCAAAGAAGCUGUGAUCAAUCCUGGAUCACUUCUCACCUGGUGA